AUGUUGGGGAACGGCCGAACACUUGAGAACUUGCCCCCCAUGGUGCGCACCAGCGAGGCCGAAUCCAGCAACAGCGGAAGCGGCGCCCUGGAGGGCCGUGUCCGUGCGAGCGAUGGGGCAGGCAAGUUCGACAAGGCGAUGAAGGUGUACCGGAAAUCCAUGGCGAUUAGGCGGCGCCUGACGAGCAUGGCGCGCAGCACCACGUGCUUCGUUGGCAACAGAAAUGAUGGCAGUGGCGGUACCGGCGCGUUCGAUGAUGAAAACACCGCCGCGCAGACCCCAUUGAACCCGCUGCGCGGUCCGAUGCUCCGUUCAUCGGCCCGAAUCACGUGCCUGGCGCCUGCGUCACCCAUCGCGUCCCUCGCUUCUCCGCAGCAUUCACGGGUGCUGCCGGAGGUGGCCUUCGAUGUCGCGACGGCGUCCGAGACGACAGCAAUGGCAGCGUCAAUGUUGCGCUCGCACGUGCCGCUGUCUGCUCUCAACUCAGUCAGACGCCUCCCCAGCCCGCCUGACAUCGAGCGGCAAACGGCGCCAUCGUCCUCAUCUCCAUUCUCGCGGGCCAUUCCAUCACGAGGCCGCACGAAACGCGGCAGCUGUGAUCGCCACCUAAAGGUGGACGCCGGCAGCGGCGAGAACGACGCGGUGUGGCGGAAGGGCAGCCCCACAUGCAGCGCUCACCUAGACUUCCCCUCUCUCUUCUCCGCCGGGCGGCAAUGCACUGCGUCGCGGCACAGCAGCGGCGGAACGAGCGAGUGGGUUGGUGUCGGCAUCCACAAGUACGCUGGCCAGCCCUCGACCUCGACAGUAGACUCACCGCUGCUGUCGCCGAUGCCGUCCUUUCACCAGAUGAUGGGCCGCUCCUACGAUGUGCCAGCACUGGACACGAUUUUCCGUGGCUUCAACAACGGUGUCGAUCAGCGGCAGCAGGGCCGCAUAUUGCUGCGGUCACCGCCUUCACCGACUCAUGCCACCAUGCCAGCCGCGGCGCCCAUGUCGGCGCCAUCGGUGUCGACAAGCCUGCAGCUUUCAUCUUCACUCGUCUCAAAUACGUCUGUCCCAUCCCCUGCAGCUGCAGGGACAAGGCAGAUGCCCACGGCGUCGGUGUUAUCAUCGGCAGCGACCACAGCAGCAGCAGACGUACACGCAAUGCCAGCAGGCAGCGACGGCUUUCCGUACCUGGCGCCACGCCUUUCGGCGCAGGCGGCGGCAAGGAAAGAUCGAAGCAACUCGUACCCGGCCGAUAAGGCACACCCAGAUGCAAGCAGGCGCAGCACGGCCUUCCGCCGUGCUGGUGUGCACGCGAGUGGGUCUCUCGCGCUGGUCAAGCCGAUGUCGUCGACUCCGGACCUGAAGCCGAACAAAGCGAGCGUUCCACCGCUGGGCCCGCCGCCGCUGGACGCGAGCUCGACAGCGACGACAACAACGGCGCAGUUUUACUCCACCGCCUCCCUGGCGAAGACGUUCGACGGUUCCCAGUACCUCAAUGACUAUAUUCUACUAAACGAGAUCGGUAGUGGCUCCACAGGGCGCGUCGUUCUGGCGUUCAGCACGAGCAUGAACAAGAGUGUUGCCAUCAAGAUCAUUCUGAAGCCGAAGGAGAAGUACCGUUUGCAGCACCGCGUGUCGGCUUCCCCGUCCGCGUCCGUGUUCGGGCAGCACAGCGGCAGGGGAGAUUUUGGUGGUGUCAGAGCAGCGGCUGCACGGUCUACAACGACACCCGAAACCAUGCAGAACUUCAAGUCAUCGUCCUCCUCGGCUGGGAGGCAGAGCAAGCACCGCAAGACGCCGUCGACCCCGCCUACGACGGUGGCGGACAAGACGCGUAAUCUGCAGCGCGAGAUCGAGGUCAUGAGGAACCUCAGCCACCCCAACAUUGUUCGUCUUUACGAGGUCAUCAACGACCCCAAGGCGAACUCCCUCUUCCUGAUCCUACAGUACGUGGAUAACGGCGCUGUCGCACAGCUCGACUCGACUGGACAUAUUCGAGCCCCGUUGCAGCCGUGGACCGUUCUGCCGAUCGCCACGCAAGUCAGUGACGGCCUCGCGUACCUGCAUGAGCAGUCUAUUGUGCACCGCGACAUCAAGCCCGAGAACAUCCUCGUUAACCGCGACGGACACGCCUUUCUCGCCGACUUCGGCGUCGCAGAACUCAUGAACGCGAAGGCAGGCCAACCAACCGCCGCCACGCUCACCUAUCAAGGCACACCGCUGUUCAUGGCCCCUGAAAUAUACGCCGGCGUCGACGGAGACGAUGCGGAGCAAGCAUCAGGUGGGUGCACACGGUGGAGGGGAAGGGAUGAUGCUGACGAAAGCAGCAGCAUGACGGCGACCCCCUCGCGCGAGGAGCGACGUGACUCACGCGUGAUUGACCCGUUCGCCCUCGACGUCUGGGCGCUAGGGGUCACCUUCUACACACUGCUCAUCGGUCACGUGCCUUUCACAUCCAUGCUCCAGAUCUCGCAGACGCCUGAGAAGGGUGUGAGCAUACCGACCCCGCUCCCAGAGCAGUGGCGCACCGUGCUGCGCCGCACCAUGGAGCCGCGACAAGAGCUGCGGAUCUCCUCAGCUGAGCUGUGCCACAUGCUGCACGCGAUGCUAGCCGACCAAGAGGCCGCAGAGGUGAGGGCUGGUGGACGCAGCCGGAAGGCAUCGCUCAGCACACGCUCGCGAAUCGCAACACUCGGCAAUCGUCGCACAACCUCUCACCAGUCCUGCACCGGGAGUCGAACGGCGCGCAGUGCGAGCCUCCCUGCUGACAUGGAAGAGGAGAGUGUGAAUCUUAGCAGCAGCAGCAGCAGCGGUAGUAGUACUGGUCGCAGCUCAACGUCACCGUCGUACUCCAGCGGCGGCAGCAGCAGUGGCGAUGAGAGCGGCACAAGCGGGAACGACCAAGGCGUCCUUGGUCUUAGCAUCACCUCCGUCGUCCUCAACAUCCUGCGACCGACACGAAUCCGAAAAAACAGAAGCUGA